AUGGCUUCUGUAUUACCAGAGACAGACACAUUUCCUUGGUCCAACCGCAAGCGACUCGUCGUCUGUUGCGACGGUACUUGGGCAAACGCAACAGGAGAUACAUUUCAGCCACCGACAAAUGUGACUCGCAUAAGUCGGGCAAUCAGUCGUACGGGGUAUACUGAGGAAAACGGUCAGGAAAAGCGUAUAUCGCAGAUCGUGUAUUAUCAGAGGGGUGUUGGAACCGGUCUUAUAGGUGAUAAAUUAGGUGGCGGGGCAAUUGGCCUGGGCCUCAGUUCUAACGUCAGGGCAGCAUAUGGCUUUCUUGUUGAUAACUUCGAUGACGGGGAUGAGAUAUUCUUCUUCGGAUUCUCUCGAGGUGCUUACACAGCACGGGCUGUCGCUGGCCUCGUCACUAGCUUCGGUUUACUUACCUCCCGCGGAAUGGACAAUUUCGCCACCGUUUACAACGACUACUACAUGGUGAAAAAGGGAGCCAUUUCCGCUGAUAGAGAGAAAUACCAAGAUGCCAAUUGGCGUCUUCGCAUUGGAUUUCGAGCAAAGCCUUUGGAACAGUUUACGGUCAAGAUUAUCGGGGUCUGGGACACUGUUGGAUUUCAUGAUAGCUGGCUGAGCUGGUGCGCAGGGGAGAAAUUUGAACUACCAAACACUAUCCUCUCGCCGGAUGUCCAACAUGCAUUCCAGGCCCUAUCGCUCGAUGAAUCAAGGAACACAUAUGAGCCCGUACUAUGGUAUGUUCCAAAACAGAAUGUCGGGCAAGAGCUUUGUCAGGUAUGGUUUUCAGGCUACCAUACGGACGUGGGUGGUGGAGCUCCAGAUCCUAGGCUAGCCGACAUUGCACUAGCGUGGAUGGUCUCUCAAUGCACGAAAGACGGCCAACUCUCCAUCGAUCUUGAUUAUUUUCAUGAUGGGUUUUCGCAACGAGUCAAGCCAGAGAGCUCGACGCCUUGGGCCACAAGUUUUGGCGAUGCUAAUCCGGUUAAGUGGAAUAUCUCGACACUUUUGAAAUCUUCUAAAGGUCGUUCAGCGCGAAAACCGCUCGGGUGCAAAGCUCUCGGUCAUGAAGAAGGCAUCACCAACGAAAGUAUUCAUGAAUCGGGCAAGGCACGUAACCUUCAGUCCCCUGAUAGGCCAGCUUAUUGGCCUUCUCGUGUCUUGGAGAAGUCAGAUGGUUCUGGGUGGGUUUUAAAGAAUAGUCAUCGCAAGAUUCCCGUAUUUGAAGCGUCUCGAUUAGAGAAACAAUUGAAAGGGCUAAUUAGGAAGGUGCACCCAAACACGCUCGAUUGA